AUGGCUUCUAGAAAACGGUCUGGUUCUGGUACAAAAAGACCGAAGGAAAAAGUAGUCCACAUCUACGAACUAUUGUGCCGUGGUGAAGAUCCUAAAAGACAGAAUGCACAGUUUUGGGAGGAGUUUUUUCUGCUGCAGCCGAACAUGGAUACGCUGGAAGGUGAAUUGCUUAAGCUCACUCCGGAACAGUAUAAUUGUGCCAAACACAAUAUACAACAGUUUUUCACGGAAUGUAUAAAUAUUCUCUCAACUGGUAGUCCCAAGCGGAUACACAAUGCAUUACAAACGAUAGGUGUGUUCAUUCAUGUGCUGUUCCGCAAACUGGCAAUGUCCGGAUCAGGUAGCAACGGCAGUGAUUUCAACAAUGGUGGUGGACCUGCUGGCAUGCCUGCUUCCUUUAUUACCAUCAGUUGCAUAGAAGAUGAUAUGCGCGAAUUAAUGAAACAGCUUUAUGAAAUACUGUCCAGCAACAUUCCCUCGGAACGUCCAAAAGAUUUGUGUUUAAAGAUUUUGCUUAUUAUUGCCACCGGCAUGGACAAUGUAAACGAAAAUUGCGUUAUAGAGUUCAUCAUCGGACAAAAUAUGUUUGAAGUAUUUAAAAACAUGCUAAGCGAUUCCAGUUUGCGGAACCAGCAUGGACACGAUGUAAUUACGCUGCUAACAAUUUUGGUUAAUUAUCGAAAACAUGAAGGAAGCAACCCGUAUGUGGUAGAACUGUCAUUACUAGCAGACGAGUUUGCAUUGAACGGCUAUGGACAAGUGAUAUCGUGCGUACUGACAAUGUUCUGCAAGCAGCAUCUACUGAGCCUGACAGAGCUUCCAACAUCAUCAUCCUGGUUUUCAUCGUUAUCAAGCAUAGUUGGAAACAUGUUCAUUUCUGACGAUUUAUGUUAUCGAAGCCAACAGAUUCGGGCAAACAAUGCACUCCUUCUGGCACUGUAUGAAGCGAUUCAUUUGAACAGGAAUUUCAUAACCACUUUGGCACAUACGCAAGCAGAUUCCACACCGCCUUCGCCGUGCAAUACUUUAAACAUCAAUGACGGAACUCCCGAUUUGUCGGCGGCAGCUAUUCUAGAUGCGUCACAGUACUCAACCAAUCUGUUCGUUGCUUUAUUUCAAUACUGUUCGAUCGUGAUGCAAGAUCAUAAAAGCGAAUUGAGUGCAAUUAAUUUGAAACUUUGUUUGCUUAUUUUGACAUGCAUUGCUGAGGAUCAGUAUGCGAACUCUAUGAUGCAUGACAAUAAUCUUACGUUCAAAGUUUCAUUACACCGAGCACAUAUGAGACAUAGAAAGCUAACGUCAGAGAAAAUUUCCAAGCCACAACCCUUAGCUACCACUUUACUCGACCUAUUAGUGGAGUUUAUUGUGUCGCAUUUGCUCAAGAAGUUCCCAAUAGAAUUGUAUCUUUUAUGUAUUGGUAUAAUACACCGCGUAAUUAUUUACCAAAAAAGAUGCCGCGUACGAAUUGCAUAUCACUGGAAGGAAUUAUGGACAGCAAUGAUAAGUUUGUUAAAAUUUCUCAUUUACCAAGAACAGAACCUUAUGAAGAGAUGUAACAUUUUCGAGUUAGCAUUACAGGUGAUAAACAUUUUCAAUCUUUUCAUCACAUAUGGGGACACUUUCCUCGCAACAACUAACAGCUAUGAUGAACUUUAUUACGAAUUGAAUCGAGAAGAGAAGGUGUUCUGUGAAUUGCACGCAAUGGUACUACGAUAUGCUUCUAUACAAGACUGCGAUUAUAAAGAAGAUUCGAUUCGACUGUUGAAUGCGCUAUCCAACAUAUUGGCAAUAAUUAAGCAUUUUCAGAUGAAAAUCAAAGAAUGGCUCGCUAGCCAAAGCUUAUCGACUCCCACUGAACAGCAAAUACUAGAACAAAUUCAGAAAAACUAUGAUCUUACGCUUAAGCUUCAGGAUAGCCUCGAUCAGUAUGAACGAUAUAGCGAGCGCCCUAAGCAUGUGUUAUUUUUUGCCAACCUUAUGAAGGAAGUAAUGGGCGAUACCAGAAAAACGGUUUACUAUUUAGUAAAGGAAAGCAACAAAGGUACAUUUAUUGAAUGUUUAUGCGGUGUUGUGACUGACGGAACAAGUACAGCCGAUGUAGCAGAAAUUGGAAUGAUGCAUUCCUCCAGUUGA